GACCUGCCUCACUCGUUCAUGCUCAUUGACUCACAGACUCCUGAGGUGUCGGCGGCGAAGGGCACUUACUUUUCCAGCUGAUGAAGCGUCAGUCUGUGGAUCCUGACGUUUUCCAGAUGAGCAAGACGCUGAUGGAUGAAGAGCAACGGCUGGUGGAGGUGCAGCCGUACCUGCAGCCGUUUUGUCUCUCUGCCCAGCAGCUGCAGGACGUGUCUGCAAGGCUGCAGAAGGAUCUGAUCCGAGGUUUAGGGAAACACACGCAUCACAAGGCUCCCGUCAAGAUGCUGCCCACCUUCGUUAGGGCCACGCCAGACGGCUCAGAGCGAGGCCAAUUCCUGGCUUUGGAUCUUGGUGGAACCAACUUCCGUGUGCUUCACGUCCGAGUGCAGAAAGACGGGCAAGAGACGGACAGUAAAAUUUGCGCCAUCCCUCAGGAAAUGAUGCAAGGACCUGGAGAACAGCUGUUUGACCACAUCGCCGCCUGUCUCGGAGAUUUUAUCAUGGCUCAGAACCUAAAGGAACAAAGUCUUCCUCUGGGCUUCACCUUCUCCUUCCCCUGUGAACAGAAGGAAAUUGACAAGAGCAUCCUGAUCCGCUGGACCAAAGGCUUCAACUGCUCCGGAGUGGAGGGACAAGACGUGGUGAAGCUACUGAAGGAGGCCGUUCACAGGAGACGGGACUAUGACAUAGGCCCCGUUGCUAUGGUGAACGACACGGUGGGAACAAUGAUGAGCUGUGGCUACAAGGACCAGCGCUGUGAGAUCGGCAUGAUCAUCGGUACAGGGACCAACGCCUGCUACAUGGAGGAGAUGAGGAACGUGCAGCGCGUGGAGGGCAACGACGGACGCAUGUGCAUCAACACAGAGUGGGGCGGCUUCGGAGAUGACGGCUACCUGGAUGACAUCCGCACCGAGUUCGACGUGGAGGUGGACCGGACAUCCAUCAACGCCGGGGUCCACAUCUUUGAGAAGAUGAUCAGCGGCAUGUAUCUGGGAGAAAUCGUCCGCCUGCUGCUGCUGAGGCUGGCGGCCGACGGGCUGCUGUUUGAUGGACGCACGUCGGAGGUGCUGCGGCGGCCGAGCAGCUUCCCAACUAAGUUCAUGUCUGACAUGGAGGAGAAAGACACGGGGCAGGAAAACACCCAGAACAUUCUGACUGAGUUGGGUCUGAACUGGGACCCGGUGGACGUCCGAGUGGUUCGUCUGGUGUGUGCCACUGUCUCCUCUCGCUCUGCACAUCUCUGUGCCGCUGCCCUGGCAACCGUCGCCGACCGCAUCCGUGCGAACCGGGGGCUGGACCACCUGAAGAUCACAGUGGGGGUGGAUGGGACGGUCUACAGAAAACACCCCACUUUCAGCCAGAGGCUCCAGGCUAUGGUGCGCCUCCUCGCUCCCCAGUGUGACAUCAGCUUCCUGGUCUCGGAGGACGGCAGCGGGAAGGGCGCUGCCAUGGUAACGGCCGUGUCUCAGCGACUGGCUCUGCAGUCGCGUCUGCUGGAGGACAGUGACAGUGAUGAGGAGCAGCAGCAGAAACUUUACCACUGAAGUAGUAAAGUUGGAUCCUGGUGGAAUCUCCAAGUUUUAAUGUAGUUUGAUGCAUAUGUCUUGUUUUAUAGAAAGCUACACACGGAACAGACAGACAGUCAGACCUCUCACAAUCAGACUAUUUAUAAACCUGUAAGUAAUGUGACUAAGUAAAUACCUCACCUGGUACAGAAGCAGGACUAGGUUUUGCUCAAAUGAUGAUUCACUUCCCAUGUUUCAGUAAAUCACAGUUCAGAGAGAUUUAAAUAGUGGAUGGAGAAAAGAGAAGCUACCGGACACGUCGAUAAACAAGUAGUGACACUGAAAAGACAAACCUAAAAUAGUCCUAAAUGAUGUCUGUGUUUCUGUGGAGCGUGAGAAAUUAAAGCUUGUUUGCUUUA